AUGAAACCCUUUCCCCUGGCCACUCUAUUGGCAGCUUUCCCGCGAGCGUGUGUGUCAGGGUGCGUCAGCCCAGCUAGUGCCACACUAGCAGCUGCGGACCGAGCUGGCGAGGUGUCCACGUCGGCAUCACCACAAUGGAUUAACCCUCUUGAUCCACCAACAUAUGUAACUGCGACUGGGCGGAUUGUUGCAAGUAAGCGGAUGGACCGCAUGGCAUGCGCUCGCUCCUGUACCCCGCACUCAUGCGAAAUAUAUCAAGCGCAUUUCAUUUGCGCAGUUGGGGAUCUUCACGGAGACCUGGACAAAGCUGUUGAGGCACUCAAGUUGGGGCGUGUCAUCCGAGUCAGUGACGAAGGGGAGGUGGCUUGGGUAGGGAGCGAUACGGUCGUGGUGCAGCUAGGCGACGUGCUGGACCGAGGAGACGUCGAAAUUGGCAUAAUAAACUUGUUACGUUACCUUGACUCGGAAGCUCGGAAGUGUGGCGGUGCGGUGUAUAUGCUCAACGGCAACCACGAAAGCCUCAACGUGUGUGGGGACUUCCGGUACGUCACUCCAGGGGCAUUCGCGGAAUCGGCUAUGUACGCGGGACUCAAGGAGUCGGAUCUGAAAGACUGGCAGCUGGUUGCCAAGGUGCGCUACUCGCUGUUCAAGCCCGGUGGCGAUUUGGCGAAGGAGUUCGCUCGCAACCCCACAGUAUUGGUUGUCAAUGACACCGUCUUCGCGCAUGGCGGCCUCUUGCCUAUUCACGUUGAGUACGGGAUUGAGCGGCUAAACAGCGAGGUGGCGGCAUGGAUGCGCGGCGACCAGCAGCCAGACGGUAGCAAAUGCACCCCGCCCUUUCUUGCUAUGGGGGACGCGAACAGCGUCAUGUGGAACCGGACCUUGUCUAAGGAGCGCUUUGCCACGCCGUAUGAGCGCUACCAUGCAUGCCGCGCGCUGCAGCAGGCGCUUGCCAAGGUCCACGGCAAGCGCCUGGUCGUGGGGCACACUCCGCAGCUCAGCGGUGUCAACUGUGAAUGUGAGAACCAGGUCUGGCGUAUCGACGUCGGGAUGUCGUACGGCGUGCUGAACCGGCCGGUUCAGGUUCUGGAGAUUACGCAACACGAGGGCGGUGAGGCCGAGGUGCGCAUCAUCCGCAGCACGCCGACCUCGUCGCAAAGCAGCUAUGAUGAUGACGACUUGAGCGCUGCAUCCGCGCUAUAG